GAGAAAUAUAACAUAUACUAUUUACUUAUUAUAUUCAUAUGUGAUUAUUCUGCCAGAUUAUUAUAUACUCAGAUAACAUACAUGUCUAAAAGAUGCCUUUACGAUAUCUUUUAUGCAUGCGUGCUGCCUGAGUAUUUACUGCUGCUUGAGUUUUGUUUUUCAGUUUCUUAUUCCGAUAUAAAUUGCAAAGCUUUGGAUUUGAUUUCUGCUUCUGUUUCGAGCAAAAUGCAUUUCAAACACAUGAAGAAUAGCUGCGGUAUCUUCACUGCAUACUUGAUAGUUGCUGUUCUAUUAAUAUCAACCUUUGUCAUAAUGGUAAUUGCUGAACCAAAUGUCAUACAAGUUCCAUUGAAGGAUUGUCCUGCUGGUCAACUAAGAAAUGCCAAACUGGAAUGUACUGAAAUCUGGGAAUAAUCU